AUGGGCUAUCCUGUAGUUCCCGCCAACCGUGCGGUCAUCCGCACCAUGAACCCCAAUUACAUCGGGUUCGAUUACAUCGGCUGGUACGUUGGUAAUGCCCGGCAGACGGUGUCCUACUUCGUCAACAACUACGGGUUCUCGGUGCUGGCAUACCGCGGACCUGAGACCGGUUCGUUCGCAACGACGGCCUACGUUGUCGGCAAUGGGGCAGCGCGGUUCGUGUUCACAGCGCCGCUCGGCUCUCCCGACAGCUCGUGGGACACAAGGGCCAGCGAAGAGGAGCGCACAUUCUGCUCUGACCUGCACGCCCACCUGACCAAGCAUGGUGACGGCAUCAAGGACAUCGCGUUCCAGGUGGACGAGGUGCGCAGCGUGUGGGCGCACGCGGUCGAGAACGGCGCAGAGUCCAUCCGGGAACCGGAGGUGAUCAAGAGCGACGAGGGUGAGGUGCUCAUCGCUGCCAUACGCACGUUCGGCGAUACUAUUCAUACGCUGAUCAACCGGUCCGCAUAUGGGGGACAAUUUCUGCCCGGGUUCAAGACCGUCGAGAAUACCCACAAUAUUCAGAAGCACCUGCCGAAGAUCGAUAUAGUUGAGAUCGAUCACUGUGUCGGCAAUCAGCCAUGGGACGGGCUAGAUGGGAUCGUCAAGUACUACGAGGAAGCGCUCAACUUCCACCGGUUUUGGACUGUCGACGACAAGGAAAUGUGCACUGAGUUCUCAGCUAUGCGUUCAGUGGUGGUUUCGUCGCCGAACGAGGUGAUCAAGAUGCCGAUGAACGAGCCGACGGUUGGAAAGAAGAAGUCCCAAAUUGAAGAAUUCUGCGACUACUACAAUGGCGCAGGUUGCCAGCAUAUCGCAUUCCGCACCAACAACAUUAUCGAAGCGGUCGACAGCCUGCAGAAGCGUGGCGUGGACUUCCUCUCGGUGCCGGACACGUACUACGUGGAUGUGCGGAAGCGGCUACAGCGGAUGGGCACAAAAGUGGCCGAGGACAUCGACACGCUGCAGCAGUAUAACAUUCUCAUUGAUUUCGAUGAGGGCGGUUAUCUGCUCCAGAUCUUCACCAAGCAUGUCGGCGACCGGCCAACCGUUUUCCUGGAGAUCAUCCAACGUGAGAAUUUCGACGGGUUCGGCGCUGGCAACUUCAAGAGCCUGUUUGAGGCAUUUGAGCGCGAGCAGGCACUACGGGGGAAUUUAUAA